AGAUCUUUUUCUUUUAUAAUAUUGAUCGUAUUGAUAAUAUUAUAAAAUGAUUUGCAAUCAUCACAAGAUAUCAUAUCUGGCACAAUUAUAAUAAUCCUAUUUUGUGGCAUCCACUGAAACAACCCAGCUAAUCUAUUUCAGUAUACAUGCUUGUAGGUGCCCAAGCAUUCUCUCGGAAACAUCCUCUAUCAUGUUGGCUUUCAACAAUGUUGGUAGUAUUUGCAAGUGGUAUGCUAUGCAACGGUCUUUUAGGAGAACCAAUUCUUGCACCUUUGAAAAACACACCACAAGUGGCUGUUGCAACUGUUGUUUGGUAUGUGAUAUUUUAUACACCAUUUGAUAUUGGAUAUAAAGUAGCCAAAUUUCUACCAGUAAAAAUUGUAUGCGCAACUAUGAAGGAAAUAUAUAGGUGUAAGAAGGUAUACGAUGGAGUAACUCAUGCAGGAAAGCUUUAUCCAAAUGCUUAUCUUAUUAUGAUCCUAAUUGGAACACUCAAAGGAAAUGGUGCAGGUUUUACAAAAUUAUUUGAACGUCUUAUACGAGGAAUAUGGACCCCAACUGCUAUGGAAUUUAUGCAACCUAGCUUCCCUACGAAAGCGUCAAUGGUUGCCUCUAUUAUCUUCGUCCUAGACAAAAAGACUGAUCUUAUUUCGGCACCACAUGCAUUGGUUUACUUCGGUAUCGUUAUCUUCUUCGUGUAUUUCAAGCUCUCUUCCAUCUUACUUGGAAUUCACGAUCCAUUUGUACCUUUUGAAAAUCUGUUUUGCGCGUUGUUCCUCGGAGGUAUUUGGGAUUCGUUAGCCAAAUUGCUGGGCCGAGGCCAAGCUAAAGACGAGAAAGCAGAUGCCAAGAAAAAGGACUAAAUGUAACUACUUAAAACCCAACAAAACCGACUUUAAAUAUUAGCGAUGACGUGCUAAAAAAAAAAAAUCAGUGAGCAGAAUCGAUUUAAUCUAGUCAGACGAUACUCGCAUGUUGAAGUGUGACCAUCGACAAAUCAUUAAAUAUCAGAAGUGCAAUAACUUAUUGUUAUACCUAUAUAUAUAUUUUAAUAACGACCAGUGAUACGUAUUGGAGAGUACGACACUUUACUCAUUAAGAAGCCAACAGUAUUAUCUCGGUUAACAACAUGCCGAUGUAAUAGAGUUUGUAACUUAUAUAAAACACUCUCCACGAUCAAUCCGACGAUUUUAUAAGAAUAACGUUGUGUUUGUUAAAGAUGACACGUAACUAAUAAUUGGUUAUUUUUUAUUAAAAGAAUUGUAUUUAGAAACGAGAAGAUACACGAAUGAUUAAGUGAGUAAUUAAAAAUAUGUCCCUUGUUGAUUUAUUAAUAAUCUAUAUAUUUCACGAGUGUUUUAGCGAUCGAAUUUAAACCGUUGUUGACGUAAUAUUUUGUAGCAUGAAAUGCAAUUUUUCUUGCAAUGUAAAUGCAUAAUUAAGGACAACUUGAAAUUGUUAGUUUAUUGUACGGUAUUUACAUGAAACACAUCAAAGAGGUAUACUCAGGUUAACGAAUUUAAAAUAAUGUUUACGCAUAUUCAAGUGAUAAGACUCUGAUAAUAAAAUAUAUCAAACAUAAUCUUCAACGUAUGAUAUUAUAUAAUAUGUAAAAAUAAUCAACGAGGGAAAGUCAAACCUCUUUUAUACUAUUUUAUUACAAUUAAAUUCCGUCGGUUGGUAUUUACCGCAUAUACAUGUAUCAAACAUUUGCCUUUGACUCAACGAUAUAAACAUAAUUUACUAUGAGAAA